AUGGAGGUAUUGGGCAUCCGCCAGAAUGAAAGCCUUGUUGUCUUAUGGUUUUCCAUUAGCAAGCAAUCCAAGUUGGGAAUAUCUCAAGUGGCCAAGUACUUCAGUACGAAAGAUCUGUUCGCUUUGUUGAAAAUGGGUUUACCUACUUAUCAUGCUGCAAUGUUUCUUGGUGAUAGUGAUGGAGAGGGGAUGAGUCUUGUAAUGUAUUUCAAAGUUUCUGAGAAUUUUGAUAAAGACGUCUCUCCUCAAUUCCAGGACAGCAUCAAGAAAAUGGUCGACAAUGAGACGAAAAAAGUUCAAGGAUUUGCAAAGGGCUCCACUGCACCUUUUAGAGAAAGACUAAAGAUCUUGGCUGGGGUGGUAAAUCUUGACGAUCUCAGUCGGAGUUAUGCUGAGAAAAAGCUUGUACAUGCAUAUAAUGACAAACCAGUUCUUUCACGCCCCCAGCACAAUUUUUACAAGCAAGCUGAGCCUUGA